UUGGGGAUUAAGUGACUUGCCUAGGAUCACAUAGCUAGGAGGUGUCCGAAGCCAGGUUUGAAUACCACUACUAGCUGCCCCUCCUCCCUUCUUUUCCAAAGUGGGGGCCACAGAGGUGGACUGUCGCACGUACAGCCAGAGAGGGUGGAUCUGGUUCCGCUAAACCCCUUUUUUCUUUUUUUAACCUUUUUGUCAAGGUUAAGGGAGUUGGGGGUAAAUCUAUUUUUGGAGAUGAAUGUGAUAUAGAGAGAAGAAAAAAAAUGUAAAAAUAAAAUGAAAAUGUUUUCCGUUCCUGGAUCCCCGAUCCUGUCCCCCCAAUUCUGGGCCAUGUUGGGGCAGAGCCUUGUGGCUGUGAGACGAGUAUUGCUGGUUCAGUUCUCCUCUUUCCCCUUCAAUGGUGCUGACCUCUAUGAAGAACUCAAGACCUCCACAGCGAUCCUUUCGACAGGCAUGGCAAGACUGGACAAGCUGCUGGACUCUGGUCUCUACACCGGGGAGGUCACCGAAAUCACCGGAGCCCCAGCCAGCGGCAAAACGCAGGUGUGCCUCUGCGCCUCGGCCCACGUGGCCCACAGCCUGGGUCAGGACGUGCUGUACAUCGACUCCACCGGAGGCCUGACCGCCUCCCGCCUGCUUCAGCUGCUUCAGGCCAGGACCGAGGACGAAGAGGAGCAGGCAAGGGCUCUGCAGAGCAUCCACGUGGUGCGCGUGUUUGACAUCUUCCACAUGCUGGACACGUUACAGGACCUCCGGGGGAGCGUCUCGCAGCAGGUGACCAGUGCUUCGGGGCCAGUAAAGCUAGUGGUGGUGGAUUCAGUGUCUGCGGUUGUCUCCCCUCUCCUGGGGGGCCAACAUAGCGAGGGUUUGGCCUUAAUGAUGCAGCUUGCCCGAGAGCUCAAGACGCUGGCCCGGGAACUGGGAAUAGCCGUCUUGGUGAGCCCAAACAGUGCUUAGGGCCUGGGGUGCCCCAUUCCCUCUGUUUUUGCAGAAGGAGACAAUGUGGUUUUCUUUUUUUUUU